GUCAGUCCUCCUCUCCUCUUCUUUUCUUCGGGAGAGCGGAGCAGUGGAGGCAGAGGCGGCGGAGAGAGGGACUCACCCAGCGGCGCCCGCACACUACUGCAGCACGCCUAGCCGAGCUAACCAAUGCGGGCUGCGUCACUCCCAAGUCAGCCUCCAGAGGAUUUCAACAAGCUCGGGGAUGAUUUGAGUGUCUCGGUACCUGCUGAAGAAACAUCUGGGAAUGGAAUGCACCCCACAUCCAAGUUGACUCACCUUUUCUGAACAUCCACGAAGACAUGUGCAGAUAUGUCUGUUGCUAGUUGGGGAGGAAUACUGGUCAAAGGCUAAAUAGUUGUCAGUGGAAGACGACGGACGUGCGGAAAGGCUGAAAGAAAGUGAAAAGAGGACUAACGGCGAGAGGAGACAUUGAGCUGCCUCGCUCUGUCGGCCCUCGGGCAACGCUGAAUGAGAGGUUCCAGUUGACGGGUCCGCCUGACACGAGAGGAGGGGCUCCAGACUAGUGGGGGUACCAGUACUUCAUCCUUCUUCAAUAAACAACAGGACAGGAUGAGGUACCAAGGCAGGGAGGUGGAUAUUGAAGGAAGGGUGCGAUUGGUGAUGGAGAGCACCCUCACGGCCCGUGACAGGGUCGGAGUUCAGGAUUUCGUCCUACUGGAGAACCACAACAGUGAGGCAGCUUUCAUAGAGAACCUGCGACGACGCUUCCGAGAAAACCUCAUCUAUACAUACAUUGGCUCGGUGCUGGUAUCGGUGAAUCCUUACAAAGAGCUGGAGAUUUACUCCAAGCCGCAGAUGGAGCGCUACAGAGGAGUCAGCUUCUAUGAAAUCUCGCCUCACAUCUACGCCGUAUCAGACAACACUUACCGGGCCAUGCGGACUACAUCUAGGGAUCAGUGUAUUCUGAUAUCCGGUGAGAGCGGCGCAGGUAAAACGGAAGCCUCGAAGAAGAUCCUCCUCUACUACGCUGCUACCUGCCCGGCAAGCCAUCAUAUGAGCACCCUCGGAGACCGCCUGCUCCAGUCUAACCCUAUUCUGGAGGCAUUCGGUAAUGCUAAAACACUAAGGAAUGACAACUCCAGUCGGUUUGGAAAAUAUAUGGAUGUGCAGUUUGACUUUAAGGGGGUACCAGUGGGCGGCCACAUCCUGAAUUACUUGCUGGAGAAAUCUCGCGUGGUUCAGCAGAACCACGGAGAAAGGAAUUUUCACAUCUUCUAUCAGCUUCUGGACGGUGGGGGUAAUGAGCUUCUCCAGAUGCUGGGCCUUGAAAGGAACCCUCUGAGCUACCAGUAUCUGGUUAAGGGAAGCUGUUCCAAAGUCAGCUCCAUUAGUGACAAGAAUAAUUGGAAGGUUUUGAUGAAUGCCCUCUCUGUUAUCGGCUUCACUGACGAAGACCAGAAGAAUUUAUUGGACAUCAUCGCCAGCAUUCUCCAUCUUGGAAACACGCAGUUUGGAGAAGGAGAGGAAGGAGAAGCGCAUAUUACCACUGAGAUUCCGAUAGCAAAUGUUGCAAAGCUGCUGGGUCUUGAAGCCUCAUCCCUCAGUGGAGCUCUUACUCACAAAAAACUCACUGCCAAAGGGGAGGAGAUGAUCAUCCCACUUAACUUUGAGCAAGCAAUGUCUUCCCGAGACGCCUUAGCCAAGGCUGUCUACGGUCGGACCUUCACUUGGUUGGUGGAGAAGAUCAACCAAUCUCUUGCUCUCAAGGAUGACGUGGACCACAGCAAUAAAACCUUCCCUGUGAUUGGGCUUUUAGACAUCUAUGGCUUUGAGGUCCUACAGCGCAACAGUUUUGAGCAGUUUUGCAUCAACUACUGCAGUGAAAAGCUUCAGCAGCUCUUUAUUGAGCUCACCCUCAGAUCCGAGCAAGAAGAGUACACAACAGAAGGAAUCGCGUGGGAGAUGGUGAAAUACUUUGAUAACAAAAUCAUCUGCGACCUGAUAGAAGAGAAGCACAAGGGUAUCAUUGCCAUUCUGGAUGAGGAGUGUCUAAGACCCGGAGAGACGAGUGAUGAGUCAUUCUUGGAAAAACUGGAGGACACACUAGGCGGUCAUCCUCAUUUUGUCACUCACAAGCUAGCAAAUGGGAAGACCCGGAAGGUCAUGAGUAGAGAGGAGUUUCGGCUGCUUCACUACGCUGGGGAGGUUAACUACAAUGUGAAUGGUUUUCUUGAGAAGAACAAUGACUCACUGAACAGGACCGUGAAAGAGGUUGUGUGUCAGUCAGACAACCGGAUCAUAAGUCAAUGUUUCUCCAGAGAGGAAGUGAUGGACCAAAAACGCCCACAAAUGGCUGCAACUCACUUUAAAAAUAGCCUGUUGAAACUCAUGGAGAACCUCAUGACGAAGGAACCAUCAUAUGUACGCUGCAUAAAACCUAAUGAUGUCAAACAGCCAGGUCACUUUGAUGAAGUUCUUGUCAGACACCAGGUUAGGUACCUUGGCCUGAUGGAGAACCUUCGAGUCAGGAGAGCUGGCUUUGCUUAUAGACGCAGUUUUGAAGCUUUCCUGCAGAGGUACAAGCCUCUCUGUCCUGAGACGUGGCCCAACUGGUGUGGCAGACUUGAAGAUGGUGUGGCCACCCUGGUAAACCAUUUGGGCUAUCAAGAGGAGGAAUACAAACUGGGCAGGUCCAAAAUAUUCAUCCGUUUCCCCAGAACUCUGUUUCUGACUGAAGAUGCACUUCAAGCCAAAAAGCCAGAAAUAGCUCUGACUCUGCAGACAUCUUGGCGAGGCUACAGAGAAAGAGCCAAAUACAAACGAAUCAGACAUGCAAUCAUCGUGAUUCAAUCGGCGUGGCGAGGGAUGAAAGCGCGCCAAAGAGCUAGAAGGCGUCGACAGGCUGCUGAGUUGAUACGCAGAUUUAUAAAAGGCUUUAUCUACCGUCAUGAAGACUACUGUCCAGAGAAUGACUACUUCUUGGAUCAUGUGCGUUACUCCUUCCUCAUGAAGCUUAGCAAAAAUCUGCCCACAAGCGUUUUGGACAAAAGCUGGCUGGCAUCUCCACCUUCGGUCUCUGAGGCCUCGGAGCACCUGCGCAAACUGCACAUGCGCAACAUGGUGAUGAAGUAUUGCAUCAGGAUUCAGCCUGAAUGGAAGAAUCAACUGACGCAGAAGGUUGUUGCCAGUGAGAUCUUCAAGGAUCAGAAGGACAACUAUCCUCAGAGUGUCGGCAAACUGUUUUUGGACUCCAGGAUCGAACAUGAUCAGAUCAAUCUGAAGGUUCUGCAGACCCUUGGCAGUGACAAAGUGCAGUAUGCCGUCCCAGUCACAAAGUACGACAGGAGAGGUUUCAAGCCUCGCUCUCGUCAACUCCUCCUUUCCAACACAUUCGCUGUUCUGGUGGACAAGACCAAGAUCAAGCAGAGGAUCGACUAUGCGUCCCUCGGAGGUAUUUCGGUGAGCUCUCUUAGUGACGGAAUGGUUAUUCUGCACAUCCCCAGCGAGGACAAGAAGCAAAAGGGUGACGUUUUGCUACAUUGUUACCAUGUGAUAGAGCUAGUGACAAAAUUAGCCCUGAUAGCCCGCAUGUUGAACCACAUCAACAUCAAGCCUGGCAGCGUUAGGUUUGCAGGAGCUCGAGGCAACGAGAGCUUCGUCGAUUUCGUCAGGGGCCCCGAGCUAAAGGUGGCUAAAGGCAAAAGAGGACACCUGCUCGUGACUGCCCCUCGGAUCAACGCCACAUGAAGAAGAAAAAAAAACUGAUAAUUGCUUACUAACACUUGGCAAACUGGAGGGUUAAGACUCACUGCUCUUGACGCAACACGCAGACAGUGUCUAUUCAAAAGUAUCAUUUCCUCAUAUAGUGGCUGAAUGUGUUUAUUUACUGAAAAACAUGGACUUUAAUAGUAAGCUAGCAGUAUGGCUAGCUAAGUUUAUGCAAUGUGAAAGCAAUACAAUCGGAUGGCAGAUAAAAUAUACAUUGCUUUGAGAUGCAGCUGUAAUAUCGUAAUAGUAAAAGGACACCAUAAAGGUCAGUGUACCUUUCCGCCUAAUUUUGGACAACAACAAACGGAAAAAGAGCGCAGUCCCGUUUUUGUGUGUGUUAGCAUUAAGAAAAAAGAAAAAAAAAAGAAAUGAAUGGUCUCUUAAAGAGCAUCCGACAGGAGAAAAAAAGUCUUAAAUAUCAUUAUUAUGUGAAUAAGAAUCAUAUUUUAAGACAAUUCGACUAUAUACAACAAUUUAGCAAAGCGCAGAUGACGAAAAAUUACCGUAAUUGUCGGACUAUAAGCCGCUACUUUUUUCCAUCAUUUUGAAUCCUGCGGUUUAUAAUCCAGUGUGGCUUAUUUGUUGAUUUAUUUCGGUUAAAAUGGAACACUUUAUUUGACAGCGGUGUCAUAAGACUGUCAUAAGACCAUCAUAAUUAUGACAUGACACUGUCAUGGGCAUUACUGAAUGCUUAUGUCAUUAAGUGUCAUCUGGCAAAUGAUGUCACUAACUCCAUUUAUGUCCAGCUUGAAUUUUUACAUCCAAAAGUGAGAUAAUUUGCCAGAUAACACUAAAUGACAUCUGUUAUAAGCAUUCAUAAAUGCUCAUGACAGUGUCAUAUCAUAAUUAUCAUUGUCUAAUGACAGUCUUAUGGCGCCACUGUCAAAUAUAGUGUUACCAAAUACCAUAACUAGCAAUAAUGAAACAACUGGAACAGUACCUGAAGAAAUAAUUAGAACAGAACAUUAAUUUUGAUAGUUAUUUGCAUCUGUCGCGCUGCAAUGCAUGCUAGGAGGCAUUUUGGACAACAACAGUGUUGACCGCAGGUGGUAGCAGAGGUUGACUGUCUCGCCCAAGGGAGCCGUGAUGACCAAAUGAAGCUUCUUGAAGCAAUGAAGCUUUGCAACCAAGUGGUUCAAAACUUCAUGGGGGUUCAUUUGGUCUUAUGAAAGUCGAUUGAGUUUGCUGUCAAAUGAAGUAUUACUGGUUCAUAUCUUUUGGUGUUAAUAUCCCAUAAUACAGUGAGGACAGCUGCGGCCUAUAGUCCGGUGUGGCUUAUCUAUGAACAAAUGCUGUUUUCGUGGCAAUUUUUGUGGGUGGCGGCUUAUAGUCAGGUGCGCCUUAUAGUGCGAAAAUUAGGGUAGUCUUUUAAUCUGCCGGUUAGCCGCGCCUACCAUUAUAGUGCUCUAGCUACCCCAACAGGUGGAUGACGUCAGCGGGAGACUGGGCUCAUCUUUUUUACUAUUCAGCCCAUUGAGGGGGAAUUAUUCAGAACGAGAAAAACGCGACGAAGAGAGCCGCAAAAUGUCAUUGUUUCAGUCUCUCUACUGCAAUAUUUUACAGGAUAUUCUUUUUAUCCAAGUAUUUUUCCCCAAUAGCUAUAUAAAUGGCUUGAGAAGGACAAGUCAGCCCGUCGAGGGGGAACUAUUCACAACGAGGAAAACGCGACGAAGAGAGCUGGAAAAUGUCAUUGUUUCUCUCUCUUUACUUCAAUAUUUUUACAGGAUAUUCUUUUUAUCCAAGUAUUUUCCCCAAUUGCUAAAUAAAUGGCAUGGUCAUGACAAAUAACAGUCUUGUGCUAAAUAGAAUAUGAAAUAAUAAAAAUGCACUUAUUCAGGACGACAUGGCAAAAUUUCUCCAUAAUGGUCAAAACUGUCGACUUCACCUUUACUGUCGCACCUCCCGAGCGAUAUUUUAGGACACCUAAAUCGGACAUAUGUCAUUUCCCUUCCCCGGCUUCGUAGAAUGUAAACAAACCAAGAGGCGUGACAGCUAGCCGACAUGCUAACCCGAACCGAGUGACGUUUCAAAGUCUUCGAAGCGUAAAAUCACUCAUAACUAGCCCGGAUGUUUUGACAUGACGACUGGGUUGUCGAUUGUCUUCGCCGGAGAGCAAUUUACAGUUCGUUCCCCGUAGGAGGGCAGCUGCAGUUGUUGUGCAGCUAAUGUGCAUGAGGAGAGCUUUUUACAUGCCUAUCAAUGAUCAAACAUAAGUAGUCCUUAAUUUAAAGAAAGUUUGUAGUGUUUAGUUUUUUACUAUUUUUAGCCCAAAGUUGCGAUUUCUGAGCGGUCAGAAAAUUUGACAGAACACCGGGCUCAUGAGCACAAUAAGCCGAAUAUAGUGCUCUCCCGGCAGGUGGAUGUGCGACAAGCCGCCGGUGUUGUGCCGAAAAAUAGCCGCCCCGCAUGCAUGUCAGCCACAAAAUGCAAGCCACCUACAUAUUAAAAUGAUCCCAGUAUUUGAUAUAAUACAAAACACAAUGUUUAUUCACUUCCUAGUAGGGCUUUUUUUUGGCCAAUAUCCACGGUGAAUGGGAACCUUUUGAAACUCCAAAAAGGCGCACACGCCUCUCCCUCAUACAGCAAGAUUUUUCUGCAGCCGUUUGGCUGGCGUGAUGCGAAAAAUAAAUGUAUAAUACGUAUUAUAAAAUAAACAUGCUUUUUCGUGUCACAUGCACUUUAAAGUUGGUCAUUCAAUAAUGGAAAAUAAGCCUUAUCCGUUUUUCCAAUAUCUAUAUUUAUUGAACUGAAGUCGAAAAACAAAAUACCCCCAAUGUUUGUUUUCCAGCACGUUCGCUUUUACAAUUAGCCAUGACCCGGAAGACGAUGUUCUUCUUCAACAAGAUAGACAAGACCCUGGUGCAUCCACGAAAUAUUAGUUUAUGAGAAGACAAAAUUCAGCUUCUUUUCCUUUUUUAUUUUCCAAAAUUAGAUGGGAAAAACCAAUGUCCAAAAGAUACACGGACCCAUAAUGGGGUUAAUGCGCAUUCGCGUUUCUAUCACAGUGUACAGUAUUGUGGUGAGUGGCGUGGAGAAAAAGAGUUUUUAUGUUUCAUACAUUCUGCUCUUGUGCCCCAUUAACUAUAAAACACCAGAACAUAACAAUGUUCACCACCACUCUCAGUCAUGGUUGCCACAACUACCCAUGAACCAUUGCGGGCGUAACACAUUAUACAGUGCCCUCCAUAAUUAUUGGCACCCCUGGUUAAGAUAUGUUUUUUAGCUUCUAAUAUUUUUUUUUAAUUCAAAUAAUAUGGGACCUUAAUGGAAAAAAAAGAGAAAAAUCCAAUCUUCAAUACAAGUGCAUUUAUUCAGUGGGGGAAAAAUCCCACAUAAAGAAAUAAUUAUUUGACAUCAAAUAAUGUGUGUCACAAUUAAUAGCACCCCUGGUGUUAAUACUUUUUACAACCCCCUUUUGCCAACAAAACAAGGUCUGGGGACUGAGAUGACCAUGGGAGGAGCUUGAUUUUGUGUCUGGUGAACCAUUUCUGUGUAGAUUUGGCCAUAUGUGUAGGGUCAUUGUCUUGCUGAAAGACCCAGUGACGACCCAUCUUCAGCUUUCGGGCGGAGGGAAACAGAUUUUGAUUUAAAAUGUCCUGGUAUUUCAAAGCAUUCAUGAUGCCAUGCACCCUAACAAGGUUCCCAGGGCCUUUGGAAGCGAAACAGCCCCACAGCAUCACUGACCCACCCCCAUACUUCACAGUGGGUAUAAGGUGCUGUCUACACGCCAACAAGCUGUUUGGGAGGCAUGCACGGAGAAAACCUUUCCUCACUCACAAUCAUAAACUUAAACGUCUGGAGUUCGCCAAGCGGUAUUGCGGCUUCAACUGGGACCGUGUGCUGAUUGAGCUUUUUUGGCAACAAACACUCUAAGGCUACGUUCAUACUACAGGUCUUAAUGCACGAAUCCGAUUUUUUUCGUGUUUUUCCGACUCGAGUGAGGCAUUAACUUGACGGUCUGAACGUGACAAGUCGCAUAGAACUGGACCAUUUCAAAUCCGAUCUGGGUCACUUUCGUAUGUGGUUCAAAUCCGAUCUGGGCCACACUUUUCCAGACUGUCGCGGCGGUCUGUACUGUCGACUCUCCCAAAUCGGAUUUCAUGCAGCAAUUACGACAUCAAAUAGCGAGAGAGACGCUACCGUAGCUAAUAACGCACAGCAAUAGUGAACACGGCUUUUGGGGAAGGGCUGGGCUUGACAACAGUCAUAAAAAAAAAAAAAUGGGUUGAUAAGCCUGAGAAUGCUCAGUUAUCGCUCUGCUCCAAGUGAGCAAUAUUUCAACAUUGCCUACACGGCCGAGAGUCGGGGCAAACUGCCCGUACGUUUGUGUGACACGCACGGACAGUGCGUGCAUGCUAUCGAUCCAUAUAAACUUUGAAUAUAAGCCUAAACGGGGAUUAUUUAUGUCUGUUAUUUGUGUCCUCCUUUUGAAAAGCAAAAUAUGUUAUCCCUGGAAUGACGGAUGACGUGUGUCAUUUGUUUUGAUUCUUCUGCGCAUGCGGGUCUUCUUGCUCAGCGCGUGUCGGACUGCGAAUUAGUGCGCAUGCGUAAUACUUGAACGGUCUCAAUGGACAAAGGCAGUCUGAACGGGCACGCCAAAAAAACGGAUAUGACAAAAAAUCGGAUUCGUGCAUUAAGACCUGUAGUAUGAACGUAGCCUAAGUGGGUCUAGCGUGCGGAUCUUUUUUUUUUUUGCUCCAGAUCCGAUCCCGAUUGUUUUAGUUUUAGUAUCUGCCGAUCCCGAUAUUUCCCGAUCCGAUUGCUUUUUUUUUUUUGCUCCCGAUUCAAUUCCAAUCAUUCCCGAUAAUUUUUCCCGAUCAUAUACAUUUUGGCAAUGCAUUAAGAAAAAAAUGAAUAAAACUUGGACGAAUAUAUACAUUCAACGUACAGUACAUAAGUACUGUAUUUGUUUAUUAUGACAAUAAAUCCUCGAGAUGGCAUUUACGUUAUUAACAUUCUUUCUGUGAGAGGGAUCCACGGAUAGAAAGACUUGUAAUUCUUAAAGGAUAAAUGUGACUUUGUAUAUUGUGACUAAAUAUUGCCAUCUCAUGUAUUUGUUGAGCUUUCAGUAAAUGAUACUGCAGCCAUUUAACUCUUCUGCCCAAAUGCAUGAUGGGAAGUGCAACCAUGACUGUGCGUUGUGGCACCAAUUGAUAUAUCUUCUCUGGGUUGGGAAGUAACAUAGGGUGUUAAAGAAAAGAUCAACCACUACCGUUCUUCCCCACAUUUCUUCCCACAAUAUUUCUAAUUGCUGAGAGAGGGAUGUUAAGACAUUAGCCAAUUUAAAAGAGGCUCCAAAGACUGCCAAAAUUCUCUCUACUCAUUUUACGCUGCCUGUUAGCUCUAUAUAUAGGUAAAACGCCAUUAUAGAUCGAAUGCGACAAUGCGUGAGUGGGUCGUGCAGCGCAUGCGUUAAUUGCAUUAAAUAUUUUAACGUGAUUAAUUUUAAAAAAUGAAUUACCACCGUUUACGCGAUAAAUUUGAUAGCCAUACUUUAAGCCAAAACUAAAGACUCUGGAUGAAUUUAAGACAUUUUGUCUGUAACAUUAAAUACAAUUAGAAAAUGAUUUAAUAAAAAUAUAUAUAUAUUUAAAAAAGGCAUGUCCGAUAUUUUUUUGCCAAUUCCGAUACCUUGAAAAUGACGUGAUCAGACCCGAUCGAUAGCUAUACUUUAUACUUUGGCUAUGGUGAAUGGAUGAUAUUGUUUAUGCAUUUGUAUAAUCUACAACGGCUGCCUUUGUCACAAUGUUUCAUUGCUUUCUCUCUUCUACAUGGAAAAAUGCACUUUAAAAGCUUUCUCGCUAACUUCUCACCACUCCAGUCAUGAGUGACAAUGACGCACCCUGUCAUGAAGAGCAGUGACUUUCAAACAGACACCACUAUUUGAGGAAAUACGCUUUGCAUAAUUGUCUUAAAAGAAAAAAUCCGGUAAUGAUUGAUGACAUCGUCACAUGAAGUCCUCACAUUUCAUCUUUUUAUUGCAAGCCAUACACAAAUAAAUAUUAUUUGCUUUUUCAAUAUCAAAAUACGUGAACGCUAUGUCUCUGUUAAAUAAAUAAAACUUAUUCAAAUAAAUACUUCAAUAAAUAGCAAA